AUGGACAAUCCCAGGCCAACUUUUGGAGUCCCUCAAAAAACUAUCACAACAGAGCAGCAACUUGCACAAUUCCAAGCAUCAGACUGCAAGAGAAACUUGCUUGGCUUUAUAUUGAGCUUACAAGACGGCGUUCAAGGCAAGGGGAGAUCUCGAACUCAAUGCACGGCAAACUGUACGUAUAUUAUUGCUAUAACUGAUGCCAUUAGCAAAUGGGUAGACCAAACACCACCUCUGGAGAGUCCUCAAAGAUAUGGAAAUAAAGCUUUUACUACGCUUCAACAAAGGAUUGUUGAUUCAGGAAGAGAAUUGAUUAGGACUCUUCUUUUAACAAAACCUUUCGGACAAGAGCUAGUUGACAGUCACGCAGAUCUGGAGAUUAAUACUUAUCUAUCGCAAUCAUUCGGAGACCCAAUCAGGAUUGAUUAUGGCACAGGGCACGAGCUUAAUUUUAUUUCGUUUCUGCUUGUGCUGUUUUGCUUGGGGUACUUAGAAGACACUGACAGGGCUGCUAUGAUACAUCAUAUUUUUUGGAGUUAUAUAACUCUUAUGAGAAAAAUUCAAACUACUUAUAGGCUGGAGCCUGCAGGGUCACAUGGCGUAUGGGGUUUAGACGACUAUCAUUUCCUUCCUUUUUUGUUUGGAGCUUCAGAGCUGAUUGGACAUGACAAUUACACCCCAAACUCCAUUCAUGAUGAUUUCGCAGUCCAAAGAGAAGCAAAUGAAUACUUAUACUUCCACUGCAUUGAUUUCAUCAAAAAAGUCAAAUCAUCAGGACACUUUGGAGAGCACUCGCCUAUGCUGAAUGAUAUCAGCGGAGUCCCUAAUUGGGGAAAAGUCUCAACAGGACUUAUCAAGAUGUAUCAAGCUGAAGUUCUAAACAAGCUGCCUGUGAUGAAACAUUUCUUGUUUGGAACUGUUAUAGCCUUUACGCCUAGUUAA